AUGGACGACAAGUUCUACUCGGUGAUCUUCCCAGAUGUGCGGAAUUUCCGCCCCUUCACCCCUGACUCUCUGGCAGCAAUCAAUAAGCGAAUUGCUAUCCAAAAGGAAAAAAAGAAGUCUAAAGAUAAAACAGCCAUGGAACCCGAGCUUCGACCUCAGCUUGACCUAAAGGUCUCCAGGAAGUUGCCCAAGCUCUAUGGUGACAUUCCCCAUGAGCUCAUAGCGAAGCCCCUGGAAGACUUGGAUCCCUACUACAGAAAUCAUAAGACGUUCAUGGUGUUGAACAAAAAGAAAACCAUCUACCGCUUCAGUGCCAAGCGUGCCUUAUUCAUUUUUGGACCUUUCAAUUCGAUCAGAAGUUUAGCCAUAAGACUGUCGGUCCACUCAUUGUUUAGCAUGUUUAUCAUCUGCACAGUUACUGUCAACUGUGUUUUCAUGGCCACCGCCUCUGGUAAGGACAGCAAUAAUACAGAUGCUAACACUGCUGAAUAUGUCUUCACUGGGAUCUAUAUUUUUGAAGCUUUGAUAAAAAUAUUGGCAAGUGGUUUUAUUUUGGAUGAGUUUUCUUUCCUUCGAGAUCCAUGGAACUGGCUGGACUCCAUUGUCAUUGCAACAGCAUUUGCGUCAUAUUAUCCAAAAAACGGCAUCAGCCUGUCAUCCUUGCGAACCUUUCGAGUGUUCAGAGCUUUGAAAGCAAUUUCAGUAGUUUCAGGUCUAAAGGUCAUUGUGGGAGCUCUGCUUCGCUCUGUGAAGAAGCUUGUUGAUGUGAUGAUCCUGACCCUCUUUUGCCUGAGCAUCUUCGCCCUGGUUGGUCAGCAGCUCUUCAUGAGAAGUCUGAACCAGAAAUGUGUCCACAAGGACUGUCUGAAUUGCACAUUUAUUACAAAUAAAGACUAUUGCUUUGAAAAGAAAGGUAACUCUGCUGAAGACAAAAUGUGUGGCUUCUGGAUCGGUAGCAGGCCCUGUUCUGAACAAUUUCAAUGCAACCACACCAAGUAUAAUCCUGACUAUAAUUACACCAAUUUCGACAACUUUGGCUGGUCUUUUCUUGCCAUGUUCCGGCUUAUAACCCAAGAUUCCUGGGAGAAGCUUUAUCAACAGACCCUGCACACCAAUGGGCCCGUCUCAGCCUUUUUCUUUGUGGUGGUCAUCUUCCUGGGCUCUUUCUACCUGAUUAACUUAACCUUGGCUGUUGUCACCAUGGCUUACGAGGAGCAGAACAGGAACGUAGCUGCUGAGACAGAGGCUAAGGAAAAGAUGUUCCAGGAAGCCCAGAAGCUGUUAAAAGAGGAGAAGGAGGCUCUGGUUGCCAUGGGAAUUGACAGAAGUUCACUUAAUUCCCUUGAAGCGUCAUCUUUUUCCUCAAAGAAGAGAAAGCUAUUUGGCAGUAAAAAAAGGAAGUCCUUCAUUGUGAAAGAGUCUGGAAAAGACCAGGCUCCAGGAUCAGAUUCUGAUGAAGAUUCCAAGAAAAAGCCACACCUCCUAGAGCAAACCAAACGACUCUCCCAGAAUCUGUCAGUGGACCACUCUGAUGAGCACAGAGACCCCUUACAAAGGCAGAGGGCUCUUAGUGCUGUAAGCAUCCUCACAAUCACCAUGCAGGAACAAGAGAAAUCACAGGAGCCCUGCCUCCAAUGUGGGGAAAACCUGGCAACCAAAUACCUCGUGUGGAACUGUAGCCCCCACUGGGUACGCAUUAAGAAGGUGCUGAGGACCAUGGUGACUGACCCCUUUACUGAGCUAGCCAUCACCAUCUGCAUCAUCAUCAACACUGUCUUCUUGGCCAUGGAGCAUCACAAAAUGAGCCAAGACUUUAUAAAAAUGUUGUCUACAGGCAAUCAGGUUUUCAGUGGCAUUUUUAUAGCAGAAAUGUGCCUAAAAAUCAUUGCACUUGAUCCCUACCACUACUUUCACCGAGGCUGGAACAUUUUUGACAGCAUUGUUGCUCUUCUGAGUUUUGCAGAUAUGAUGAACAAUGUAUUUGCAGAAAAAAAACUUUUGCUAUUCUUCCAUUCCCUAAGAGUGCUGAGGGUCUUCAAGUUAGCCAAAUCCUGGCCAACUUUAAACACAUUGAUUAAGAUAAUUGGGCACUCCGUUGGAGCCCUUGGAAACCUGACUAUAGUCCUGGCCAUUGUUGUCUUUAUAUUCUCAGUAGUUGGAAUGCAGCUUUUUGGCUCCAAAUUCAACUCCUCAAAGAAUUCCCGACGACGUUGGCACAUGGAGGAUUUCUACCACUCCUUCCUGGUGGUAUUCCGUAUCCUCUGUGGGGAAUGGAUUGACAGCAUGUGGGAAUGUAUGCAAGCAACUGACAAAUACCUGUGCAUUAUUGUCUUUCUGUUGAUCAUGGUGAUAGGAAAACUUGUGGUGCUCAACCUCUUCAUUGCCUUGCUGCUCAAUUCCUUCAGCAAUGAGGAGAGAGAUGGAAACUUGGAAGGAGGGGCCAAGAAAACCAAAGUCCAGUUGGCCCUGAAUCGGUUCCGCUGGGCUUUUUGUUUUGUGAUACAUAAUCUUAGGCAUUUAUGUUGCAAGUUGUGCAGGAGGCAAAGCUUAUCAAAACAAAAAGAGAUUACAGGAGGCCCUUCUUCCCAGAGCAAAGACAUCAUUCUUCUGGUCACGGAGAUGAAAAGGGGCCCAGAGACCCUGAAGGAAUUUGGUGCACUGACCUCUGCACCAAAAGCCGUGGGCGAUGGGUACAAGCGGACUAGGUUGGCUCCACUUGCAGAGGAAGAAUAUGACAUUGAAUUCCCUGAUGAAGAUAUUGCACAGACUGUCACACAACCUGUGUCUGGAAAACAGGCCUAUGAAGUCCAUCAGGAAACCAGGAAGUCUACCAGCCUAGAAGUUCAAGGUGUGGAAAUUGACAUGUUCUCUGAAGGUGAUGAUUGUCUGACAGCACACAAUCCCCGAAAGAAAUCUGACGCCAACAGUGUGCUGUCGGAAUGUAGCACCAUAGAUCUUGUGGAUCCCUUUAUGCGGGUAUCUGAAAUGGUCCCCAAGAAGCAACCAGAGAGAUGUUUGCCCAAAGGCCUAGCUCUCUGCUUUCCAUGCUGUGGUGUGGACAAGAGAAAGUCCCCCUGGGCUACGUGGUGGAACCUGCGGAAAACUUGCUACCAAAUAGUGAAACACAGCUGGUUUGAGAGUUUUAUUAUCUUUGUGAUUCUGCUGAGCAGUGGUGCACUGAUCUUUGAAGACAUUCACCUUCAGGAACAGCCCAACAUCCAAAACUUACUUAAUUGUACUGACAGGAUUUUCACAUACAUUUUUAUCCUGGAGAUGGGUCUGAAAUGGUUGGCCUUUGGAUUUAGGACAUACUUUACCAGUGCCUGGUGCUGGCUGGAUUUCAUCAUUGUGAUUGUCUCUGUGAUAAGUCUCUCCAACUUAAAGGAAUUAAAAUCCUUCCGGACUCUGCGAGCCCUGAGGCCUCUUCGAGCAUUGUCCCAGUUUGAAGGAAUGAAGGUGGUGGUCAAUGCUCUCAUAGGUGCCAUACCUGCCAUUCUGAAUGUUUUGCUUGUCUGCCUCAUUUUCUGGCUUACAUUUUGUAUUCUGGGAGUAAACAUAUUUUCUGGAAAAUUUGGAAGAUGCAUCAAUGGAACAGAUAGGAACGCAGUUAUAGAUUAUGAAAGAAUUGCAAACCGAAGCCAAUGUGAGAAUGAAAAUUUUUUCUGGGUCAACCUGGAAGUCAAUUUUGACAAUGUGGGAAUGGCUUACCUCGCCCUGCUGCAAGUGGCAACAUUUAAGGGUUGGACAGAAAUUAUGUAUGCAGCUGUUGAUUCCAGAGGGGCAGAGGAACAGCCAAAGUUUGAAGCAAAUAAAUACAUGUAUCUGUACUUCGUAGUUUUUAUCAUCUUUGGCUCAUUCUUCACUCUGAAUCUAUUUAUUGGUGUUAUUAUUGACAACUUCAACCAACAACAGAAAAAGAUAAGUGGCCAAGACAUUUUUAUGACAGAAGAACAGAAGAAAUACUACAAUGCAAUGAAAAAACUGGGAUCCAAAAAACCUCAAAAACCCAUUCCAAGGCCUCUGAACAAAUGUCAAGGUCUCGUGUUCGACCUAGUCACAGGCCAGGUCUUUGACAUCCUCAUCAUAAGUCUCAUUGUCCUAAACAUGAUUAGCAUGAUGGCUGAAUCAGCGGACCAAUCUGAAGACAUGGAAACCAACCUUGAGCAUCUCAACCUGGCCUUUGUGGUUAUCUUUACAAUAGAGUGUCUCAUCAAAAUCUUUGCUUUGAGGCAGUACUACUUCACCAAUGGCUGGAAUUUAUUUGAUUGUGUGGUCGUGGUUCUUUCUAUUGUUAGUAAGUAA